AUGCCUCUUCUCCAAUCCUACCUUUCGCUCGUGCGGAUCCACCCGAUUUCCACCAUAUCCAACAGCGUCUUUGGCGCCCUUUGUAUGCUGUCUGCCAUCCCAUUUCUCGGCAUCCCGUUUCCCAGUAGAGCAGCGGCAGAGUACUAUGCGACCAAGAACCACUGGAUUGCAGAGAACUACGGCGUCACGCCCCGACAGGCGGGGUAUUUUGGCGCGGUGGUCAGGACGGGGGUCGGGCUUGGGGUGAUUUAUCCAACGACAAGACCGCUGGCGCUGGCGCUGAAUGCUGCGAUCGUUGUGAGGGGGACGGCGCUGGCGUGGCGCGACGGGAGGCCGAUGCUGCCCCAGUAUGGAAUGUUAGCCACCAUGGCUUGGUACAGCGGAAGCAAAUUUAUCAUCUCAACCACCAUGUCCGUCUGUGCCGACUGCUUCAAAGGUGUGGAGAAGACCAUCGGAGGCGUAAAAUGCUACGUCGCCACCCCCAGUGUCCACUAUCCCCAAGACAAGGCAAUUCUCUUCCUUUCUGACGCGUUUGGCCUUGCCCUCUCCAACAACAAGGAGAUCUAUAGCUCCUCGCAGACGACUUUGCUCGGAAUGGCUUCCAUGUACGUCUUCCUUGACCUCCCCUUUCGUCUGACGAGCCUAUUCAACAAGACCAUCGUCCCUGACCUCUUCGAUGGAAACCCUGCCCCUACUGACGCGUUCGAUCCCAAGCCUGAAGGUGUCGCGCCGUUCGACUUUAUGAGCUGGCUUGGGCAGCAUGGACGCGAAGUAACACGUCCGAUCAUCGACAAAGUUGUCAAGGCGCUCAAGGAGGAGGGCAUCACCAAGUUCGCUGCGCCUGGAUAUUGCUUUGGCGCCCGCUAUGUCGUCGACCUCGCUUUCGAGAACAUAGUACACGUCGCUGCGAUUUCCCACCCGUCCCUGCUCGCCAUUCCCGAUGAUCUACAUAAAUAUAAAACUGACUCUCAGGCCCCGUUGUUGAUCAACAACUGCACCACGGACCACGUCUUCCCCGUCUCAGCCGGUGAACAGGCUGACGCGAUACUGGGACACGGAAACUUCACACCCGGCUACAAGCGUGUUUUCUUCGAAGGGUGCACUCAUGGUUUUGCGGUCCGGGGCGACCUGAGUGAUCCCAAGGUCAAAGCCGGCAAGGAGGGUGCAUUCAAGAGCUGCGUCGAGUGGUUCAACGCCCAUUUGUGA